AUGCAAAAGCUUCUGAACAAAACCUUUAGCUCCGAGGACGAUGAGUUCCUGAUGGGCCUGCUAAAUGCAGUCCAGAAGGGUACUGCCACAGACUACACCAAGGCCCACGGGUUCGAUUUCAAAGAGAUCAAUUGGCGCAUUAUCAAAGAAAUGUCCAAGCCUGGGCCUUAUUUCGAUCUUCGGAUGGUUGGGGUGGACGGGGACCCCACCGACUCGAUCAAAGUCAAGGGAGGCUUGGUCACCUUUUCGACCAAAUCCCAUCAUCAAUUUGAACUGUCUUUUACGGGAUCUCAGAUGCUCGGAGAGGGAAAGUCCAACCCGUCCUUUGCUGGUCACUGCACUGCUAGCGGAGUGGAUAGUAGGGUCUCGAUCACUGGGCGCAAGUUCUACCUAUGGGGUGACGUCCAGGAUCGGGGGGAUGAUGAGAUUGACCACAGCGCGAAGGGAAGUAAAACAGUCACCGAGCAUAAGUUAACGGCAGUUGAAAAUGCACGAGACGAAGCCGCCAUCAACUCGCUCGCCGUGGCGAUUGACUUUAUGAGCACGAAGUAUACCCCUCCCAAGGAUAUUAUGUACCUGGCUGCAGUGGAUAAAGGAGACCUCUAUCUAGAAGGCAUCCAUAUUACCGCGACGUUGUUGGGAAUUGGAGUGGGGGGGCUUAUGACGGGGAUUACAGGAGCUAUCGCCGGAGCUCUCGGCGCCCAGUCAUCUCGAGUGAUCUCGGCGGCCGUGAAAACAAGAUAUCAGACCAAGCAAAUGCGAAAGAUGAAGGAUUACAUUGCGAUCAAACCGGUGAGCUUGCAAGGAUGGCUGAAUGAAAAGGUGGAGAUGUUCGUCAACACGUAUUCUAGAGACAACCUAGAGCGCUCGGACAUGGUCGACGAUGUUGUUGGAAAAAUAGAGACCGAGUACAAGCUCGAGGCUAGUGGCCAGUUGAGAAAAUGGGUUAGAAGGAAGUUCUCGAAGUUUCGCCAUCUCUUCAAAACGGAAUAUAACAGCACGUUCGAUACAGCUGUGGCGGAUAAGUUCAAGAAGGAGGUAUCAGCUCCGUAUCUCAAGGGACUUAUUGAGAGGCAGCGAGACGAGAGACUCGUCACCAAAGACUUGCCAACAGAGAUAGCGAAGCUACAAAAAGAGCAGGAAAAAAUGGAGGCACGGAAGAGAAAGGAGCUGGAAGAUGCGGGCAAAUUGCCCAUUGGCGAGCAAAACCAAAAGAGAGAAGAAAUUCGCAAGAAAUACGAGGCUGAUCGGGAAAAGAUUGAGAGGAGACUCAAAGACAACAGCGAAAAGACAAUCGAGCUGAAGCAAAAGGAUCUAGGAAAAGACAUGAAUGGCAUGGUCAAGGAUUUGCAGAAGGAAGCCGAGGUGCGUCGCCAGAGGGAAGCAGAAGCCCAGAAGGAAAGACGUAGGAGGUGGAGGGUAUAG